AGCGCCGGAGCGCGGGGCUCCCCGGGACCCAAGCCGCCGCGGCUUCCCCUCGCCAACCCCCGCUCCGCCGUCCCCUCGCCCUCCCGCCCCGGCCAUGGCUCUGGCGGACAGCACCCGAGGAUUACCCAACGGGGGUGGAGGCGGCGGUGGCAGCGGCUCGUCGUCGUCCUCGGCGGAGCCGCCGCUCUUCCCGGACAUCGUGGAGCUGAACGUGGGAGGGCAGGUGUAUGUGACCCGGCGCUGCACCGUGGUGUCGGUGCCGGACUCGCUGCUCUGGCGCAUGUUCACGCAGCAGCAGCCGCAGGAGCUGGCCCGGGACAGCAAGGGCCGCUUCUUCCUGGACCGGGACGGCUUCCUCUUCCGCUACAUCCUGGAUUACCUGCGGGACUUGCAGCUCGUGCUGCCCGACUACUUCCCGGAGCGCAGCCGGCUGCAGCGCGAGGCCGAGUACUUCGAGCUGCCGGAGCUGGUGCGUCGCCUCGGGGCGCCCCAGCAGCCGGGGCCGGGGCCGCCGCCGCCCUCGCGCCGCGGGGUGCCCAAGGAGGGCUCGCUGGGCGACGAGCUGCUGCCGCUGGGCUGCGCGGAGCCUGAGGCGCAGGAGGGCGCGUCGGCCGGGGCGCCGUCGCCCACGCUGGAGCCCGCCGGCCGCAGCCCGUCCGGGGGCGCCGCGGGGCCGCUGCUCACGCCGUCCCAGUCCCUGGACGGCAGCCGGCGCUCGGGCUACAUCACCGUCGGCUACCGCGGCUCCUACACCAUCGGGCGCGACGCCCAGGCGGACGCCAAGUUCCGGCGGGUGGCGCGCAUCACGGUGUGCGGCAAGACGUCGCUGGCCAAGGAGGUGUUCGGGGACACCCUGAACGAGAGCCGGGACCCCGACCGGCCCCCGGAGCGCUACACCUCGCGCUAUUACCUCAAGUUCAACUUCCUGGAGCAGGCCUUCGAUAAGCUGUCCGAGGCGGGCUUCCACAUGGUGGCGUGCAGCUCCACGGGCACCUGCGCCUUCGCCAGCAGCACCGACCAGAGCGAGGACAAGAUCUGGACCAGCUACACCGAGUACGUCUUCUGCAGGGAGUGAGCUCCUCCGGACCCCUCGGCCCCCCUGCGCCCGCCUCCCCGCCUCCACGCUGGGGGUGGGGACAGGGCUAUGGAUGCCCUCGCCCCUCGAUGCCCUCGCCCCGUCCCUGCCGUCCGCUUCCUUCUGCUUCUCCCCCAGCCCCUCUGCAGCUCCCCCACACCCAGCAGUGCCUCUCCUUGAGGAUCUGCAGCCACGGCUCCUCCGGGCUGCCCGGGAGUGCCCGGAGGUAGCCCCGCACUCACGCUCCCGCCUCUCCUGGCCCCCAGCCACCCCUUCGCCCAGGUUGUGGGGGGUCAGUGCAGGCGCUGGGUCACCGAGGACCCGGGAAGGACUGAACCCGACCGCGCCGGGCCCAGCGUGCCGUGCCGAACAGCCCGGGAAGUCUUCAGCCCUUUGACUCUGUAGACGGUCCAGCGAGGAGAACUGAGGGCGCCAGGCGCAGAUAGUAUUUGAAAGGGUUUUUUCUUUUUUCUUUUUUCUUUUUUUCCUUUUGUAAACUUGAUCCUCAUUAGAGAGAUAAAGUUUAGACAACCGUGUGGAAGACCGUGAUGGUGGAAGUAAAACCCCGUGGAGGCAGUUCAGAGACUGUAAAUAAAGCGAUUUUUUUUUUUUUCUUUUUAAGUUACAGGUGGAAGUAAAUUCUAGUACUGGUAACGGGGGGCGGGGAGGAUUCUGUUUUCCUCCCCCCAACAACAGAUCUCCUGUGGCUUAAAAUUGUCGUAAGCGAUCCUCCUGCCUGCAGAGGCGCCCUAUCUCAGCAGCUGUUGGGCUGUAGCUUUUGUUGGUUAAAGCAGCAUUUCCAGGCUGGGAGCAGGGAGCAGGGAGCAGGAGGCAAGGCUGCCCCCCCCCCCUCUCCGAGCUGCAGGACUGAGUAGCGCAGGAGCCGUUAGUAGGAGGACCACACAGCCGUGAGGUCUAGGACUGGUGGGAGGGUUGGGGAGGGAGGACUGGGAGGAAGGGCGGGAGGGAGCAGAGGACGUCCUCACUUACUGUUUGAAAGUUGGAAGUUUGUAUCAUCCACUUGAGUACAUGUGCAUUUAAAAAAAUAUGAAACAGUGCUUAGAUUUUAUCAACAUUAGUACAAGACCCAUUUCCAGCUGAAAGUUUAUCGAGCUAUUUUGAGUCCUAAACCUUUACGUUGCCAAUACUUGCAUAACCUAACCAAAGAGUUACCUAGUAGAGUUUUAGUGAUUUGAACGUUUUAUUUUCUUGUUGAUUCUAUUUCCUUAUUUUAUAGCCUAUCUACUUAAGGAAAAUAAGUUUUAGUUACUUAGACUUAAGAUCUCUUACUGUUACUGUUAUUUUAAAAUUGCUGUUUUCUCCAAGCCCAGCAAAUGUGGACUCCUGGGCAGUUCUGAAAACCCGAACAACGCCUUUUCUUUCUUGCGUUUGUUUGAUAUGUGCAGUGGAACCCUUUCAGGCAACAGCGGGAACGUAAGCACCAGAGCUGCCCAUCUGUAGAUAGCUGUGAAGUGGAACGUUUUUAAAUGAAGGCAAAUAAAUACUUGAGUGUGAGCUGAGCAAUAACACAGUGUUUGGGAUAAAUGCAACAGAAACAGGAGACCUGGUUGCCUUAUGCCUUUACUGUCAUGUGGAAAGAAUUGCCAGCGUGUAUCCUGUGUACACCACAGCUGAAGGGAGGCGAAUCCCCGUGGGCUUCUGGCUGAGAGGCAUCCUUUGAAUAAUCUGUGUUGAUGGAGAAGCCUUUUCCCCCCAUGUGUUUGUUUUAUCAUCUUUCUCUGAAGUAUGUUUUUAAAGAUUUUGUAAGAGUCAUUUUAAGUGUUUAAAUUAGUGCUGUUUUUCCUUUUUUUUUCUUUUUUAAAUGUACCCUGUACUGUAUAUUUCACUGUGUCCACGGCAGAUGUUAUUAAUUGGAACAGUUUUACUCUAAGACUCAUGUGAUCCAAUCUGUAUAUACCAUAUAUAAACAUUUUACACGAAUCAUUUAGUUUUUUAAUUCAUCUACUAGUGCUGUAAAGUUUCCUGUACUUACCCCUGAUAACUUGCAUUUGAUGGUUUAUAUUCAAGAGUGACAUGAUUUGCUGAGUUUCUCAUAUCCUUGCCUCUGAGCAUGAGUCAGGAAAACAUUCACAACUAUGAGGUUUGGUUUGCUCCAUCCAUUUUUGCUGAGAUAUGUCAGUUAACUGUCUACCUAUAUUCAGACUGUUUGCCUUUUUAGUCCACCAAUGUUCUCAUUUUAAUUGGGAGAGAUUUAAGCUCUUUUGUCAGUAACUUUUUUCUUUCUUUCUUUUUAAAGAAAAGUUAGUUUUAUGUACAAAGUUGGCAGUUUUAAAGAAAACGAAGCAGGGUUCCAGUAAGUUGUGUUUACUUCAGUGUCGAGCUCGUUUUUAGACGGUGGAUCAGGUAAGGGAUCGGAACCUUUGUUUCAAGCCUGAUAUGGCUUAGGACUGUCACUCACUGAUCAAAGGCAAAUGCCAUAGGCUUUUCUAUGCCAUGGUACCCUGUUAGAGUGCUUAACAAAGAAAAGCACAGUUAAGAACAUCUUUAGGACAGAAUAAAAUACAUUGAUGGCAAGUCGGAAAUUCUGAGUCCCCUUGUCAAAUCUACACAACUCUAGGACCCAUGAGAAAAUGCUGUAGUUGUGUCUGCAUUCAAGUCUUAUGAACUGUAUCUUGGAAAACUAUUGGUCUCACUAACACUUAGGUGUCUUGUACCUUCUACCACACCCUGGCUGGACUGUUAUUUCAAAGACUGGGAAUUUAAUAUUAGGGACAAUAAAUGGACCUCUUUUACCGAAAGUGACUGUGCUCCCUGCUGUGGAAGCCAUUGCAUGAAAACUUUCUACUUUUUAGCCCAAAGUCAAGUUUGAGCAGUCACCUUAUUCUAUGAUAGGUAAAUAUGACCGAGUCAGGUCAUGCUUGGCAUAGGUACUUUCCCUCUAUGGGCUUUGGGAUUUAGAAGAAACCUUUAUGGCUUAAAAAAUGUCCUAAAGUAUUGGUCACCAUGAAUUCGGCUACUCUACAAAAAGAAUUAAGACUCAAAAAUAUCUUUGAAAUGACACAGGAGAAUGUUAUAAACUAUUCAGAUAAUUAUGACUGCAUUCAUGUCAGAGAGGCAAGCAUUUGCAUAUGUUAAUAAAAUUACCAUUUGAUGCUGAUAAAUAAUGGAAUGACAUUAGAUUUAUAGCUAAUUUUUAAAAAGUGUUGACAGUCACUGUGGUUUGAAAAAACAAAACAAAACAGGCACCAUGUUUUUAUCAGGUGUUUGACAUACCUGGUUUUUAAUACAUGUUCAUUAUGAACCCCAUUCAUUGUAAAUUUUCAAACAUGUAGAGGAAAAUAUUCUUUGAAGGUAUGAGAAAGUUUUUCCCCCUUUAAUACUGUUUUUAUUCUAGUGUUUGUUAUUUGGGAUUUUCAAUUGAUAGCAAAGUGAUAAUACUAGCCCAAAUUGUCUUCUUUUUCAAAACCCAAUAUAUGUAUUCGUAUACAUAUAUAUAUAUAUAUAUAUUCAAUGUCUGUAUGCCUGCUGUUUCUCUGAGGAAAUAUAUGAUGUGUGAAUACUCAGAGAAAACAGACAGUGCUUACAGCAUAUUAUAAUUUUUAUUGUAGUUUCCAUGGAAUGUUGUUAUUACAUUAAAGCCAUGUAUUAUGAAGCUUUGAUAAUUUUUUAACUAUUCAAAUUAUGGUAAAUUUCAAUCUAGUAUUAAAAUAAUUUUUUGUACUCCUACAUGUAAAAUAAGUUAUCAUGCAGAUAUUUAGAAAAAUAUUGAGUGAAGUGAAUUCCUUAAGAAUUUCUUUUACAGUUUUAAUUGCAAGUACGAUAAAACUGACAUUUUACAAAAUAGUAAACUUUGUAUUUUUAUUGUAAAACUCUUAGUCGAGACUUGGCUUGCAACUUUUAUCAUGCUAUUCCACACUGCGAAUCAUUUAAAAUCUGAAUAUUUUGGAUAACUCAAGUCUGUCUCUCAAGUUAUGAGUAAAAUACAUUAUUGUUAUUCCCAGAGUAGAACCUGGAAGAUGUUUCACAUAGCCAGAAAUAAGUUACGUUGUAGUCAGCUUUUCUUUGUGACAGUUUUGGACAGUGCAAAUCUCAAAGGGUCAGUACUGGCGGGCUUAGGCUGUCCUCUGGGCCCCAUUAAACAAUGAGAAUCCUAGCAGAAGGUCCCCACUACUGUAAACUGUUGUAUGGCAGGAUGAUAGACUAGUUCACCAAGAAUGCUUGCCACUUAAUGUACUUUGCAAUUUUGUUUCCAAGCCAGUUUAGUUUAUUUAAAAAUGUGUUUUGAGGUGUGCAGACAUUAAUUGUAAUGUAAACUGCUAACAACUGUCUUUGUGACUUUAUAGGCAGGUAAACUUUGCUGUAACUAUUGACUAUAAAUGAUACACACUCACUUAGUACCACCAUUAGUAUCCAUUUGAUGACAAAGGCUUGAAAUAUUCAUCAUGAGUAUGAAUUUUGAACAUGUAAAUUAAAUUUUCUGGGUAUUUGCAAAAUUCCUGUUUGUAAUAAUAUUUGGAUUCUGACAUGUUCAAAAUGUUAUUUGCUAAGUGAUAAAUAUCUUUGAGCUGUUUCUUAAAAUCUAAGGGGAAUGGAAAAUAUGAUAUCAGACUUUUCUAAUGAAACAUAAACCCAAGAAUAAAAGCCCCUCUAUAUAAAAAAGGAAACAAAAUACAUGGAUGAAAUCUUUUCAGGGGUGCUCAAGCUUUGAAAUUGUCUUCAUCCAUCCAAAUGCUCUAAUUUUUUUUUUUUCCCUAUUCACAACCAGUUGUAUAAUGGAAACACUCGAUACUGGUUUCCCUGCUGCGUGUGAAGUAAUGAAUCAUUGAUUAUGUGACUUGUUAUGUAUUCUAUUAAACACUAAAGAAUAAAACAUUCACUCCUUUAA